CUGACGUAUGCUGGCCAAUCAGCGUCCAGUUCAGAAGGCUCAGCUCAGGCCCACAGAGGGCUCAGCGCUUAAUGAGAGCAAGUGAAGGGAAACAAGAGAGCAAUUGCUGGUGAGGGCAUGGAAUAGAGCUCACGAUGGGAUGGCGAUGGGCUAUAUAAAGAGCACCAGAUCCUCCCGAGAUGGAGACACUCAGAACCAAUCCAACUAGAACCUAUACAACUAGCACAUAUACAACUACCACCAUGUCGAGCAGAGAUUUUUACGGAACAGAUAACAAAGACACCCACCGUCAGUCAAACCAACACAAGUCCGACCAGUAUGGCCAGACCGAUCUGACCAACGCCAACCAGCACAACCAGGUUCAACCAGGUCAGGAGGGUGAAGAAGGUGAAAGAGGCCUUCUAGCUACUGUUGGUGGUGCCGCUGCUGGUGGUUUUGCCGGUGGCCAAUUGAGUGGAGGAAGCACCUUGGGCAAGAUUGGAGGUGCCAUUGCUGGCAGUUUCUUUGCCAACAAGGCUGAAGACAAGCUAGAGGAUCGCCAGGAACAGAAGAAGUACAAGGAGCAGCAACAGAAGUUCAACCAGGGCUACGGCAACCAAGGCAGCCAUGGACGUUCUAACCAAGGAGGAACUGGUGGUCCUGGUGGCUACGGCAAUCAAGGAAACCAAGGCGGCUACCCCGGCUCUGGCAAGCACCAGGGUCCAGGCAAACAUCAAGGUGGUCCUGGAGGUCCUGGAGGCUACAAUCAAGGAGGCUACGGCCCAGGCAGCAACAGAUUCUAGAUGAUUGAGGUGGUUGAAGCUGCUUUGAGGCUCUGAAGGUUGUUUGAAGUUUUUGGUUUACGACCCCGAUUUAAGUCUCACGCUGUGUUUUUUUUUCUGGGCACAAUCGGAAAAAAAACAAAGAAAAACAUCAUCUUUUGGACCAUUCUC